AUGGCGGGCGAGCGUGCGCCGGGAGAUCUUCCAAACCCCUGGGCGGAUGCUGCGGGUCGCCCGACCUCUGGGCGCAGAACUGUCGUAAACGGAGAGAUCGUGUAUCACGAUGACUCCCGCGACAGGCGCGCUCUCGCCGCCGGCGCGCGAGGCAGGCAGUCCCAGACCCGCCGCGGCCUUUUCGCGCAGAUCUGGGAUCUUUUUCUCACCCUGAUUGAAUGGAUUCAGCUCUUCAUCAGGACGAUUUUUUCGCCGGAGUACCCGAACCAAGGGCGGCGCAACCGCCAGCUGGGUGGCAUAGCAUCGCUGGAUCACGGCGGCGGCCGCCCAGACGGAGCCGGCGGUGGCGGGUCCCGAGCGCGGUUCAACGCGUUCAUGUGCGGCGGAGGCGGCUGA